AUGGGAGCUUCGAUCGUAGCUAUAUUCUUCUUCGCCAUCGCUGUCGUCGUCGUCCACGUGUACGCCUCCGAGUCCGAGAGGCCCGAUGAUAUCUACCGCAAGAGCCUUCGCCUGCACCAAAUGCAGGGAAUCAGAGCCGCAUUUUCCCGACGCGUCUCUUCGUCUAUGGAUAUGCGGGCCCCAAUUGUAUAUCACGUGACAAGUUAUGGGGCGGAUCCGACGGGCCGGAACGACAGCACGGAGGCUGUGCUCAAGGCGAUCACGGACGCCCUCAACGGCCCAGGAAAAGGGGACUUGUUUGAGGGCAUCGUCAAUCUUGGAGGAGCUCGUGUUGAUCUCGAUGGUGGAAAUUAUUUGAUUAGUCGCCCCCUCCUGUUUCCAGUCUCGGGUAGAGGGAACUUAGCUAUUCAAGGGGGCUCGAUUACAGCAUCAAACGACUUCCCCACCGACGGCUUUUUGAUCGACCUAUCAUCUUCCUCAAAUUCUGCAUACAACUACGAAUUCACAACCCUAAGAGACCUCUACCUCGACUCCAACUACCGAGGCGGCGGAAUCCGAGUGAAAAACUCCCUCCGCACCACCAUCGACAACUGCUACAUCACUCACUUCUCCACCACCGGAAUCCUCGCCGAAGGCGGCCACGAGACCAUCAUCCGCACCUCCUACCUCGGCCAGCACAUCACCGCCGGCGCCGAUCCCGGCGAGCGCUCCUUCUCCGGCACCGCCAUCUCCCUCGCUGGAAACGACAACGUUGUCUCCGACGUCGUCAUCUUCUCCGCGCAGACCGGAAUCCUCCUCUCCGGCCAGGCGAAUUUGAUCUCCGGCGUCCACUGCUACAACAAGGCCACCGGAUUCAGCGGCGUCGGGAUCUACGUCCAGCUCCCCGGCCUCGCGCAGACGCGGAUCGUCGAUUCGUAUUUGGAUUACACCGGAAUCGUCGCCGAGGAUCCGGUGCAGCUCACCGUCGCGAACACGUUCUUCCUCGGCGAUGCGUUUAUUCUGUUCAAAUCGGUGAAAGGAGUGAUGAGCGGCGUCACCGUCGUCGACAACAUGUUCGCCGGCAGCGAUAAGGGGAUCGAGAUCGUGCAGAUGGAGGGGAAAUUCGAUCAAUUGGAUCAGGUCGCGAUCGAGCGGAACACCGUCAAAGGAAUGGCGGUGAAGACGACGGUGGCGAGAGCGAGCGUGGACGGCGGGGGGCCGACGUGGACGGCGGAUUUGAAGGCGGCGCUGCUUUUCCCCAAUUUGAUCAAGCAGGUGCAGUACACGUUCGUGACCGAUGCAGCGUCGUAUCCGAGUCAUUUUCUGCGGAAUGUUUCCGAUAACAAGGUUGUGAUUCAGGCUGACGAGGCGGUGCCGGCGAGGGUUUACAUCACGGCCGAUCAAGGCGGAUCGUAUUUGUGAAUUGAGUGAGUUUUUUUUUUCCGUUUUUUAAGCCUUUUUCCUAAUUGGUUGGGGGGCUUCGAUUUUGAAACGAGGGAGAAUGCAUAUUUGUUUGCAAUCCUAAUUUUCGAUCAGGAAAUAAUGUAUUUAUAAUUUUUAAUGAUUGAAAUGUUUAAUUA